AUGGACGGCAGCGAAGCGGGCGGCGGUGGCGGGGGGCUCCUGCAGCAGAUCCUCAGCCUUCGCCUGGUGCCCCGCGUGGGCAAUGGCACCACCACCUAUUCCAGCCCGCUCUCCACUUUCCCAGAGAUGUGGUACGGCGUCUUCCUGUGGGCUGUCGUCUCCUCCCUUGCCUUCCACGUCCCGGCAGCGCUGCUUGCGCUCUUCACGCUCCGGCACCACAAGUACGGCCGGUUCAUGUCCGUGAGCGUGCUGCUGAUGGGCAUCGUGGGACCCAUCACCGCCGGCACCCUCACAAGUGCUGCCAUUGCUGGAGUUUACAGAGCUGCAGGGAAAAAAAUGAUUCCCUUUGAGGCGCUCAUUUUUGGCGUGGGCCAGACCUUCUGUGUGGUGGUGGUUUCCUUCCUGCGCAUCCUGGCCACUCUGUAGCUCCUCUGGAGAGCACAAACCAGAGGGGGAGCACAGGACCUGCUGCCUCAGAACAAAGCACAGGGAGCACAGCUCCAGCCUUGUGUUUCUUCUGCUGAUUUAAGGAAUUGGGACGGCUCGCUCUUGCCUCCAGCCUGGCUUGAAAUUUUUAAAUUGUGAAUUUUGUUACUUUUUGGUAACAUUAAGUGCCAAGUGAAGCUUUAUUUCUCUGGAGGGUAGGAAGAUGGCUCCCAGAGGAGGAGACCCAGGUACCUGUCACCAGUGAUGGACUGUAGUAACAGGACAUGACUAAAAUGGGGCACCAGCUGUGCUGGGGCAGGAACAGGACCAGAGUGACAUUGUGUCCUCAGAGCUCACUCACCACUUUGUUGCUUGGUUUUAAGUGAACCUGAAGCUCUUUUAAUGCCAGUUUUUAAAUUAAAAAAUUGUUUUCUUUCUGGCCCAAACUUCUUAAUACCAGGUGAUAGCCAUAGUGGAUUUGGGAGCAGCAAAAGGAAAAGUCAUUUUAGAUGGAUGAGAGUGCAGAUUUGUGUCUGGGAGCUCUGGCUGUGAAUGCUGCACGGGGGAAAUGACUGGCAUAAAAGAGAUUUUGUGAAUUUUAUUACAGCAAAGCUCUUCUGGCCCUGUGAAUGUUUUGCCCAGAGGCAAAGCAGAGUGGAAUGGGCACUCCAGAAAUCCCAGGUGUGCACAGCUCUCCUCAGGCUUUGAAGGAGACUUGUGUUUUCAAAGGCCCCUGUUCUCCUUUGACUUGCUGGGGCUGUUCAUGUUGGUGUGCUGGAGCUGGGUCCCUGCUCUGGUCUGGAAGUGGCACUUUUAUCCAGCUUGGAUAAAAUCCCUGCUGGGAGCUGCCUGGCCAGGCUGGGCUGUGACUGGGUGUCCCCAGUGCAGGGACUGUGCCACAGUGUGCCAGGGCUGGGAGAGCUGCAGGGCUCCUGGCAGGAGCCUGGCUGGUUCCUGUGUCCAUGUGAACACAAAUCAACCCUUCUGCACAGGCAGCACUGUCUCCUCAUGAAGUGUUUUAGUUUGUUUUGCUUUUAAGUGACUUUUAACUAAUUGGUAGCUCUGCAUUGUGCCCGAGUUGUGCUGCAUGGCUGGGGCACUGGAGCAGCUCCCUGGGUGCUUCCUGGGGCUGGGUUGUUGGGGAAGCUGAGGUUGAAUUCCAGGAUGUGGCUGGGCAGGGCAGGCACCCCCAGGGGUUUGCUGUGCUCUGUGUGUGCCCAGCUCACACAUGUGGGCUGCAGAGGGAAGCACUGUCUGUGUCCAGCCUUUCAGGGACAGUUCCCAUCUGUGUGUUCAUUGAACUCCUCUGGUUUCCAAAUCAGUCCCUUUGGUACCUGCAGCAUUUCCUAGGGCCAUUUAUCUGCCAUCUCCUCAGUGCUGGAAUGACUGGAGGUGGCACUUAGUGCCAUGGUCUGGAUGAUGAGGUGGUGACCAGUCAAAGGUUGGACUGGAUCUUAGAGGGCUUUUCUAAACUAAAUUGAUUCUGUACCCUUCAACAGGGCACUGUGUUUAUCAUGGAAAAGGGUUUCUCUGUGCACUGACUCCUCAGGAGUGGUCUGUCAAUGGUGGGAGGUGUUUUGCAGGAGCUACUGACUGAGAUUACUCUAAAUUUUAGCCUACGUUAAUUCAGGGAGUAUAGAUGCGCAGUUUAGGAAAUAAUUUAAUGUGAAUCCCUCUGCUUAGGUGGGUGAGGUCCAAGUGGGGUAACUUAUACUAAAUCCUGGAUCUGUGGAGAGCCCUGAGUGCUGUGCUGCUUGCAGAGAGCCAGUCUUCCUGCCAGGGCAGAAACAAUGAAAAAGAAGGAAUAAGCUUUCUUUCUUUUCCCCCUUCCCACUUCGGGUUUCAGCAUGUGUACAGAGUGCACAGUUUAAUUUACAGGAAUUUUCCUGUGUUUUCCUGGAUGGAUUAAAAGUAUCUCAUGGAAUUUGAAUAGGGUGGGUCUGGCUUUACCUUUCAGGUGACAGCAGACACCAAUGUCCUGAGCAGCUGCUGUGCUCUCCUUCACCCUGCACUGGUGCCUGGCACCACUCAAUAGCCAUUAAGCUGAUUGCAACUGAGAAAGCACUUUAUCCAUGUGCCCCAUGCACAGCAAGAGGAGGUUUCCUUGCAGGAACAGGGCUGAGGGGUGCAGGACACAAACGGGGCUGUUACAGAGCUCAGAACAAGUGAAAACUGCUCAGCAAAGUCACUCAGUGCUGGGUGAACUGAAAACCUCCCAUUUUCUGUCUCUUGGGAUCUCUGGGAGUCUCUCUUGAGGGGGUUCUGGUUUACUUGAAGAGUUGGCAGCUUGACCCUGUUUGGAGUGUUUGGAGCUGGCAAUGUCUCUCUAUACCUGGAUGCUGUGAAAUUUUCAGGGAAUUCUUGCAUAAAAGGUGAACAAUCAGCUGAUUUGUCUGGACACAUGAGCACAGGAGGCAAGUUCUUUGUGUCACCUUGGUGCUCACAGAGCAUCCUGCACUCUGCUGGCUGCUGCUGGCAGCCUCCCUCUCCAGUAAAACCAGAGCUGAACAGAAAGGAGGAGGAGCCUUGAGCUGAAGCACUGGUGGCAGUUUCCUCCCCUCAUUGCUUUGGCCUUCCCUUUCCAUUCCUUUAUUGCAAGUGAGCCAUGUGGAAGAAUCCCUUCAAUUUUCAUCAGGUAUUGGUAGACUUUGCUCAGUCAAACUUGUUGUCAAAAACUGCAAAGAGCUGGCAAAAACAUCAACACUGAGGUGUCCUGGGCUCAGCAGUGCUGUGAGCCUCUGCUGGGGAGCCCAGCCUGUGUGCUGGUUAAGGAAACACCUUCUGGAGAAGCUGCCCUGGAGGAACACCAACACAUGCUGAGGCUCCCUGGGUGUGACAUCCCCUCUGCCCCCACCUGGCUUCCUCUUGCACACACCUGCAGCUGUCAUGAACAAAUCUUUGUAUGAUUGAAAAUCUGUACAUUUUAUUUUUCUACUGACACUCCUAAUCCUCGUGGUGAUUAUCAGUAAAUUCUGUAACUCUUGAGGUGAA